GGUGCCUGGCAGCGGAAGGAGACGGCUGCAAUGGAAACAGCAAUGGACAUUUUCCGACAGCGCCAAAGCGAAGAAACAAAGAAAAACGAGGAAAAAGAAAGAAAAAACAGCAGCAGCUGGGACAGAAGACAGCGCUGCUGCAGACAGGCGCGCUGUGGAAAAUCUCACUUCUGAAUUACAAGCUACGCCACAUCCACACAUCCACAUCCAACAUCCACAUCCACAUCCACGUCCAUGUCCAGUCCCCUCUGACGACUGACAGUGAUCGAGUGAGCGAAAUGGAGAGAGAGAGAAGCAGGGCGCAGGCAGGGCAGCCAGAGCGAGAUGGAGGCGAUGCAGUGGUGCAGAAAAACACUGCGGCUGAUGAAAAUCAACAGGGCUAAGCGUUAACUUCGCCACUCCACGCAGCACGGCACGGCACGGCACAGCACGGCCCGUACGCUGCUCCCCCACCAACAAAAUGGCGCUCUGGAACCGAUCUCUGCGAGAAAGAGUCAGCUAUAGUGCCGAGACGUAGGCGUCGGUCUGCGCCAGCCAAUCGUCGGCGCUCUGCGCGGGAACCCGUUUGGCAGGUCCGUCCGGGCAGACAAAACGGGCUGCGACGCGCCCUGAGCUAAGCAUCGCCGCUGAGCCACUCCAGAUCAGUUCGUUGCGAAACGUCGUGCGUGAAGGAACACCACAAACCAAAGAGCGGAAGAAAGAGAGUGUCAAGUGUGUGAAAACAGAACCAGAAACGAAAGAGAUUUAACAAGUGAUUGAAGUUGUUAUUUUGUGAAGUUAUUCGAAAUGAUUUCCAUGCAAGAGUUGAUGGAGGUGCGAAUGCAGCAGCAGCUGGCCCACGAGAUCUAUCGCCAGCAGAUAAUGCAGCGCAUACCAGAUCCCUUUCCAUCGAUGCUGCCUUUCAACAUGCCCCAGCCACAAAUGAUGCUGCCCAGCCGCCCCACCCUGCCCGGCGUGGAUGCCAAGCUGGAGAACAACGAUCUGUGGCAGCAGUUUCAUAAAAUCGGCACCGAAAUGAUCAUCACAAAGAGCGGCAGACGCAUGUUCCCCUCGAUGCGGGUCUCGUUGAGCGGACUCGAGGAGGAGGCCAACUACUGCGUACUCCUCGAGAUGGUGCCCAUUGGCGACUGCCGCUACAAGUUCUCCGGCUCGCAGUGGGUCCCGGCUGGAGGAGCCGAGCCCCAGAGCCCGCAGCGCAUGUAUCUGCAUCCGGACAGCCCGGCCACCGGUGCCCACUGGCAAUCCCAGGCGCUGCUCUUCAACAAGGUGAAGCUGACCAACAACACGCUGGACAGCAGCGGACAUAUUGUUUUGGCCAGCAUGCAUAAGUACCAGCCACGCCUUCACAUCAUUCGCAGCAGUGAGCUCACCCAACUCCCCUGGGCACCGCAGCAGGCGUUCGUCUUCCCGGAGACGGAGUUCGUAGCCGUCACAGCCUAUCAGAACGAUCGCAUUACCAAGCUGAAGAUCGACAAUAAUCCAUUUGCCAAGGGCUUUCGCGAGUCCGGCCAGUCGCGCUGCAAGCGCAAGCUCAACAGCAGCUCCAACUCCAGCCCGGAAUCGGAGGACGAGGGCUCCAGCGUGAGCAGCUGCGAUUCGCCGCACUCGAAGCGCCAGCGCCUGGACUGUGAGCAGGACUCGCAGGGCAGCCUCUCGCCAGUGCCCUACUAUCCAGCCGGGGCUGCUCUUAGUCCCAGCCUCUCGCCCUACCAUCAUCGCCAUCCGCUGAGCUAUGCCGCUCCGCACUUUGCGGCUGCCUAUUUCGGUGGAGUUCCUCAGGCUCCACACAUGCCGCUGUGCUAUGUGCCUGCUCCAGCUCCCGUGGAGCCAUCUCCGGCAAGCUCCUCCAGCACACCCAACACCUCGCCACGCACAACGACCUCCACCAAGCGGAACAGCUUCAGCAUCUCAGCCAUUUUGGCCUACUAAAGAGUGGGAAGCAAAGAUCCUUGGGCUUGGAGCAUUUGUUGUGAUCUGUGGGCGCAGUGUGCACAUAAUAUAUAUAGAAUAUAAAGACUAUAAUGUAAGAAAUCUGAGCUGCAAUCAAGCUACAAUUUGUUAAUUAGUUUUAAGUGUAUUUGGACAGAAUAAAUAAAAGAA